AGCCGACUGCAGAUUAAAACAAUGAGAAAAAAAUACGAUUCGAAGAAGUUAUGACGCGGCUGCUUUGUUACAGGUUCAAGGAUAUGGAGGCUUUGGUCCGCAACCUGGACCCGCCCCGCUACACGCGCGCCUGCGCCUACUGCACCGCGCGCGUUUCCGAACAUGCCUACAAGCAACACCUGGUCGCGCUGCACUCCGACUGUCUGUUCCACUGCGACGAAUGCGACACCUACGUCGACAGGAAGGAGUUCAUCCUGCACAUGUCAACACACGCGGCCGAGUACGCCGCCAAACAGGAGAAAAAGCCCGUCAUGAGAGCCAAAAUGCUGUUGAACAACAAAACCGACAGAAGAGACGAGAACGAAAACGACGAAAGAAGAAAAUGCAACAGAAGGACCGCUAAAAUCGCUGACAGAUCGCAAGUCGACGACGAACCCAGCCCUGCCCCGCGAUACGUGGACGAGUUCUCCGACCACAGCGACGCGGAGAACGGAUUCGAACCCCUCCCGGAGUCCGUGUUCGAAGCGAUAGAGGACUCUCAAGAUAGUCGACCGCCGGAAUCGAUCGCGCCGACGGUCGACUUCGAACCGACUAAAGAACCCGGGGAGGUUAAAAAAACGCUCAAGACGAAGAAAUGCCUCAUAUGCGGGCGAGAGUUCGCCGCGCGCUCCAGCUACUUCUACCACAUGAAGCAUUUCCAUGCACAGACUCGCGAACACGAGUGCACCGUCUGCCGGAAGAGAUUCGGCACCAAAGCUACACUCGCCGAGCACGAACACAUCCAUAGCGGGGCGAGGCCGUACGCCUGCGAACGAUGCGGCAAACAGUUCGGUUCGCGCGCGAGCUUAUACAUUCACGAACAAACGCACGGCGGCGUGAAGCGAUGGAAGUGUACACAGUGUCCGCGCGCGUUUCGUUGGCGAACUCAACUCGCCCGUCAUGCUAGUAGACACGCGGCGAGACGCGACCACGAGUGCGGAAAAUGCGAUCGAAGUUUCAACGUGCACGCGGAUUUGUUGCGACACGCGCGCACGCACGAGAAGCAGGACCACGUUUGCGAACGAUGCGGGCUGCAUUUCGCGCAGCUGCGCUAUUUGAAAGUGCACACGCGGAAUAAACAUGCGGAAGAGGAAGAUACGAGUGGUGCAGCCGAACAGAAUAGGGGUGAUGACGGGGUACAGUGAACGAAAUUCUGUUUAGUCCGUCAGUUAGAUGAUCGAAAAAUAAUGGACA